GAAAAUUGACCGUACUUUGCUCGUAAAUUGCACUUUCGUGAUUGUGACGUCAUAAUUAUGUGACAUCAUAAUGCCCCAUAGUUGAUAACGUCACAAUUAGUCUAGGCACAUUUCACGUUCCGUGGUUUGGGAAACACAGCAAUACUGUACGUAGCAAAAUGACUAGGUUCCAUUUCUCGAAUCACUUGAUGAAGAGGCUUAAAAAGGCUAGUGCCAAAAAGGGGAAUGUCGCCCCUAAGCCUGUGCCUUCCAACUCGGGCGAAGAAGAUGCUAUGGAAGUGGUAAUGUCUAACGUCGUUCUGAAAAAAUUUGAUCCCGACAAGAAGUCAUCAUGUAGUUCUAGCAGCGAUAGUAGCUUUGAUGUAGCCAGUGACAUCACACAGAACAGCGUGGAAAGAGUAUUUAAGGCAGUUGAUGGAUACGUAAGUGUCACGGGUAUCACGAGAUACGCAGACUCCGAGCCUACUGACCCGGAAGUAAACGAAGAGCUUGAACAUGAAGUGGAUCAUUUGCAAAAUCUACUGGACGAGGAUGAAAAGAGAGGGACCCCCACAGAUGCCAAAUGUUUGGACCUUGAGGCCGAGAUUCCAUGGGAGAAAAACCACAAACGCGUCCUCACCAUGACGGUGGACACUCAUAAGCAUGAUAAACACCACGGACAUCGCCGCCGCAGCCAGGACCCAGUGCCUGUAAACAAUGAGAUCCCUGGGGGUAUGGCCACCAAUCUCCCAAACCGCGCGAUCCCCCUCCACAAGGAGUUUGCCUGUACCAACCUCGCCUGCACCAAUCCCCAUUGUGAUGACGUCAAGUGUAGCGCCGGAAAACCGCAGAUUGAGACCCGCAAAUCUGAUCCCGAUAUUUAUUCCACCAAAUAUUCUCUGGAUACAGCCGUUGUUCACACUGAUAGAACAGUUAAAUGGGAGUCCGAGAUUAAUUCUCAUAAGAAUGAGCACUACCACGGCAAACCCAUCAUGUUUGUUAUGGACUCCAGGAACAAGUUCCAUCCUCUCACCCGUCAAAAGGACGCCCACAAACUUGUCGACAUCUGUCGAGAUUACCGGCCCACGAAGGCUCAGGAGUACGUUGUCAACACCCUGAUGCAGAGCGAUGAUGCCAAUAUGGCUGCCCAUGAUAUCUGGACAGGCAAAUUUAUCCGCAACUGCCAGGAGGAAAACCUGAUGACUGAUGUCAACAUUACCAUCGGUGAUGAACUUUUCACUGCACACAGAAUUAUGCUUGCGCACUAUAGUACAUACUUCCAAGAACUAUUUUGCAUCUCGGAGCGUGAGUGUGCCUUGCCUUUUAAUAUAAGGAUAAGAGGGAUCUCUGCCGAUGUCUUUGAGGUUUUCUUACAUCUUGUCUACAUUGGAGACUGCGAGAUCACGCCUGCUAUAGUCAAAGAUCUAUCCAUGAUUGCCAAACGGUUUGGGGUUGAAGAGCUGCGAAUUAAAAUAAACGAGUACUUCCUUUCUAUGAGCUCUGACGAUUGCCUUGAAAUUCUACAAGGAGGUAGUGUGUCUCUUGAUGACCCCAUGUACGAGUCUGCCCUGAAGUCUGUGAUCAGGGACUUCAAAAACGUGGUAAGGAAUCCAAAAUUUGUAGAACUGCGCCUUGAUACAGUGACCCAGAUCCUAUCGUCUGACGUCCUCAACGUGGAGAACGAGACCGAGGUGUUUAAUGCCGCCAAGGCGUGGAUCCAACACGAUAUUCGCCAGAGGGAACAGCAUCUGUCACGUGUCAUGCAGUGUGUUCGAUUCGCCCUCAUGAAAAAUUUUGAACUGUUCCUUAUUCUAAGUGAUACUGAUCUUCUUCAGAAGAAUGCAUACUGCAGGGAGAUGCUGAUGAAAGCCAACUGGCUGGUGAUGGCUCGCAUGCUGAACGUUGUUGACCCAUUUGAUCUCCCAUGCCCCAAGACGAGGGAACCAGUUAUUCUCAAUAAGACUCAAGAGUUUGGAAUCCUGAAUGGGACCACUAAAGAAUCAAAGAAUCCAAAAGGGUUGAAACUGACUCCCGGCGACUUGUUAGCAUUUGGAGGGUUCUUCUCGGGAUCGGAUAAUACAAGGAGCAUAGAAGGAGCCAAGAGCAUCAUGUGGUACAACGUGGCGACUCGGAACUGGAACAAGAUAGCGGAUUUACCGGAACCUCGAGUCCACCACGCAGCCUGUGUUCUCAACGUCAAGAUUUACAUCUCGGGCGGAAGUAACCCCAAUGUACAGAGACAGUCGCCCAGGGCCUUGGCCCAGUGUUUCUGUUUCGAUCCGUACACCAUGAAAUGGACAAAGAUAGCUCCGAUGAAAAACACAAGACUCCUGCAUAGUAUGGUGGCUCUAGAUGGACGCCUGUAUGUGAUUGGUGGGCAGGACAGCAACGAGAGGUUGCUGAACCGUGUUGAAUGUUACGAUCCAGAAACGGAUAAAUGGUAUAGCGUGGCCUCCAUCCAGGUUCCCCGCAUCGGCGCGGCCGCCUCCGUCGUGGACGGAAAAAUUUACCUGGCCGGGGGGUACACAGCGAGUUUCAAGGUCAAAUCAGGCACCCCCAUCUCAUCCGUGCUGGAGCGUUUUGACCCCAAAACAAACAAGUGGAGCCGGCUAGGUGAUAUUCGUAUACCUCGGUGCCACGCCGCGUUAGUGGAGGUCCGCGGUGAUCUGUUCCUGUGUGGUGGUGCCACUAGAACUCACGGUACCGACUUCACCACUGCUGCAAGUAUUAGGGAUAUUGACAAAUACAACAAAAAGUUUGAUAUGUGGGAAAAAGUGGCGGAUCUAGAUACUGAGCGACAUGCGUGUGGCGGGGCAGCUGUAGGAAACAAGAUAUACGUUUGCGGCGGCGCGUGUACGACUUUAGGUCACAUGAUGUAUUCUAUGGAGGUCUAUGAUGCCGUCACUGGUCAAUCGGACAGAAGUGUGCCGGACUGUCCGUUUCCAGGAAGGUUCCUGUCUUUGAUACCCGUUCCAGUCAGAUGAAUUUGAAAAAAGUUGAAACUUGAACGAUAUUUAUACUAGUGAAACUCGGAACUUUAUACGUGAUUGUUUUUUGUUUUUUUUUAUAUCUUUGAUAGGUUUAUUUAAGAGGAAUUUAUUUAUUGAAUACGUGUAGGAGUAAAUUUAUAUUAUGAAAAUGUAAUUAAUGAAUUUGAAGUUAAUAAACACAAUGUUGCAAAAAUA